AAAGGCUCACUCUCUUUCUCUUUCUCUCUCCAAUAUUAUUUUUAUAUAUAAUGCUCAAAUCAUAAUCUAUACUCCAAACCCAAAACCAUAUGUAGAGGGACAAAUUUCCAAGUCUUGAAGCAAAGAGUCCUCCCCAUCUCCAUAAUUUAAUUCUUUGUCAAACCCUUCUUUCUUCUUCUUCCUCUUGUUCUUGUUCUUCUUCUACUUCCAUGUCUGAUCAUGAACAUAAAGACCUUUACUACCACGACCUAUUUCAGUAUGAAGAUCAUGAACACCUCAAUGGUGGGAUGAUAAGCAUCAAUCACAACCAAAACUUGCAAGGGAUUGAAGUUCCUUCAUACAUGAACAACACCAGCUUCGCAGAGUGUUUGAAAGGACCUAUGGAUUACAAUACGCUCGCAACUGCUUUUGGCCUGGCUUCUUCAACGUCUGAUGAAGUUAUAUUUUCCUCCGCUAAUGAAGGAGAUCAAAAGCCUGCUGAGCAUAUUCGAUAUUCAGGUGGUGGUGGCGAUGGCGAUGGUGGAGGUGGAGAAACUCCUUUGACACCAAACUCUUCGGUGUCGUCUUCUUCAGCUGAGGCCGGUGCCGAAGAGGACUCUGGUAAGAGUAAGAAAGACAGGCAGCCAAAAGGGUCAUCAGAAGAUGGAGGAGAUAGCUCGAAGAAAGUGAUGAGCAAAGCAAAGAAGAAAGGAGAGAAAAAGCAAAGAGAGCCACGAUUUGCCUUCAUGACCAAGAGUGAGGUUGAUCAUCUAGAAGAUGGAUACAGAUGGAGAAAAUAUGGGCAGAAGGCUGUGAAAAAUAGUCCAUAUCCAAGAAGCUACUAUCGAUGUACGACCCAAAAAUGCGGGGUCAAGAAACGUGUAGAGAGGUCGUUCGAGGACCCAUCCACUGUGAUUACGACGUAUGAAGGCCAACACAACCACCCACUCCCUGCAACCCUCAGAGGAAAUGCUGCUGCUUCUUCUGCAUUCUUCCCACAUGCUGCUGCUGCCUUCAACUAUGCGCCCAUCACAGGAUCUGCAGGUCCAAGCUCCAACUUUCCUCAAGAACUCUUGUUUCAAAUGCCCCACCACUACAUGAUCAAUAAUAACAAUCAAGGGUCAUCAAGAAGUGUUGUUGUUAACCCUCAUCAUCCUCAUCAUCAGCAGCAGCAUCAACUACCUCGUGCUGAUCAGCAUGGACUUCUGCAGGACUUGUUGUUUCCCUCCAUGUUCCUCAAACAAGAGCCAUGAUUUGAUUUCUCUCUCCUUAUUUUGUAGAUAUAAUUAAUUAUAUACUGUAGUCUCCUCUCAUCACGAUCAUCUUGAUCAUCCUUGACUUGUCAGCUAGAUGGAAGAUGCACUCUUCACUUUUCUAAUCAUUUUAAUUUCAUUUGGAUUUGUGAGGCGACCGCUCAAAGUUUUAGCAAUAGAGCACUAAUCUUACAUACUUAUCGUGAGAGAGAGAGUUCGACUCUUUCAUUGAUCUCUCCCUGUAAGGUUUGGACAUUUCUGUAGUAAAAAAAACAAAGUCCAUUGAAGAUGCUCUAUCUAGAGUGGGAUUUUUUGUUUUUUGGGGGAUGAUUUGAAUGUAAUUUGCUAGCUCUCGAACUGCUACUAGCUAUAGGGAAAAUUUAGUGGGUUUCGUAAGAUGAGUUUAAUAUUGAUGGUGGUUCGAGAGAUCAACUAGUGCAUGCUGCAUGCAAAGAGGGAUUUGCAUGCUUAAUUGCUUGUAUUACUACAAGAGCAAUGGCGCAACUGGAUUUUCUUA